UGCUCCAACUGGGAGAGUCGGAUUGUUGUGAAGCUGUACGUGUCAGCCUCGGAACAAACAGGAGUUUCUCUUGCAGCCAAACACUAGAAGAACUGGUUUGUGAUAACAAACUUGGUUCAGGCCACGCCCCCCUGCGCUUGUUUGCGUGACGGCCCGCAGAGGAGCAGGCCGCGGGAGUCAUCAUGCGGUGGCGUCUGGAGUUGGCCGGCCUGGUUCUGGCCCUCACCGGGUGGCUCUGCGGCGUCUUGACGCGCUGCCUGGCUCUGUGGAAGGUGAGCGGCACGCUGGACAACACCACGGCCACUCUGCCGGCCUACUGGGACGGAGUGUGGCUGGACUGGGACCACUGGGACCUGGCCCACGAUGGGCGUCUGCAUUGCUCCUUCUACCAGGCGCUCAUGUCUCUUUCUGGAAGCUUCCGUACGUGGAGAGCCCUCAUCAUGGCGGCGCUGGGUUCGGGGGCGUUUGCAUUUGUAAUUGGCGCCGCAGGGGCCGUGUGGUUCCCCAAGCGGGGGCAAGUCAAAGUCUUUUCCGGGGCUCUUUUUGUCCUCUCCGGGUUCCUGCUGCUGGUUCCCACUGCUUGGACCUGCCACCACUCCAGUCAGCCGCUGGAGGGCGCUGUGCACCUGAGGAGAGACUGGGGACCAGCUUUGUAUUUGGGGUGGAUCUCUUUUGCACUGAUGCUGGCAGGAGGGAUCAUCCUCACCACCCGGUGUCCCACCUCAGAGGCACAAGCUGAGGCCCCCGGAGGCCCCGGGGCCCCAAACCUGGAGGAGGAAGCAACUCACCCUCUGAGCAGGAUCCACAGGGCCACCUUCACACGCAGCCAGUAUGAACAUGGAUCAGUACCAAUUUGAAACUGACAAAUUAUUUGGACGCGGUUCUUUGUGACUUCAAUAAGAUGGAUGAAAACGUGAAGCUGUGAGAGAAUAAAUACCGCAUUUUUCGGAGUAUAAGUCGCUCCAGAGUAUAAGUCGCACCGGACGAAAACGCAUAAUAAAGAAGGAAAAAAACAUAUAAGUCACAUUUUUGGGGGAAAUGUAUUUGAUAAAACCCAUCCAUCCAUCCAUCCAUUUUCUACCGCUUUUCCCUUUUGGGGUCGCGGGGGUGCUGGAGCCUAGCAUUCGAGCAGAAGGCGGGGUACACCCUGG